AAUAAAACAAAAAAAUGGAAGAAAACGAUCAAAAUUAAAAAUUGCCUAUAGAUUUUCUGCACCCGAAAAUGAAGAAGAAAAGUUUUUGCAUUAAUGGCAACGUCAGCCAUUGUAUUGUUAUUUUUGUUCUUAUCACACUUGUAUUAUUUUUUACUUUUCGUGUGUCAAAAUCCAAAACGAAUCAAUUAUACUCAUACGCUCCAUCCAAAUGUCGACCACAUCUACUUUGCUGAGCUUGUCAGCCACCACAACCACUACAACCACCCCGACCCUGAAUCCGUUCGACGAGGACACCAUUUUCACCGACUGGGUCACACCGGGCCUCGUCUCGGGCCUUUUUGUCGGUCUCAUUUUUGUCGUUUUGAUAUCCGUGGGCAUCUCGUGGAUGGCAUCUAUCCAAACACCCAAGAACAUGCCGACGAUGAAGCAGAAGAAGAACCAGUAAAAAAACCAACCCUUGGGCUUUGCAGUUCGAUUUUGUUCAGAGAGUCAGCAGCCGCGGUCCUUCUUUUUUUUGUUGCGCGGGGUGAAAAUUUUUUGGCUUAGGAGUUGGGUCA